AUGAACCUUGCUCCAAUGGCAACACGGGCAGGAGCGAGCCCAAGCCUUGACAUCCUUGUUCAUGCCAGGCCAGACGAACCUUUCCGCGAGAAGCUUUUGUGUGGCUCGAAUCCCAGAGUGGACGAGUCCAUGAAGAGUUUGGAACACAGCUCGACUCAUCAAGGGCGGCACAAAAGAGCGGUGAAAAAGAUUCAACACAUCACAAAGAAUGGUGCCAUUCCCAGUAGUGAGGGGAACAUCCGCAAGCUGGAGACCAGUGACAGCUUCGUCGCCGGGACAGCCAACCCGUUUUCGCUCCACCGCCAUAGCACCAAGGUCGAUUCCCUGUGA